AUGGCAUUAAGCACCGGUGAUCAAGAACGUAUACAGCGGACGUUAAAACGAAACAUCAUUAAACGUGAUGUAGCCCUAGAUCAAUUGUCCAUCCUGUGCGGGUUAGUUACUGAAGCCAAAAAUAAUCAAGAUGUCAUCCCUGACGUUCAAGCGCGUGCAACUGACCUUGAGUUAUAUUUAACAGAUUUAAGGCUUGAACAGGAUGCUAUCCUUGAAAAUCUGAUUGACCUAGGUCGCGAUUCUGAAUAUGCAGUCCAUGCGAUUAUAGGCAAAAAGGCGGUAGAUACGUAUUAUUCGAUAAAGGCCGCGAUAUCGGUAUUGGGAUUGAACCAACGAGAGUCAUCAAACACCAUAUCGAUGCCUAGUGUACAUUUACCCAAAAUUUCGUUACCUACUUUUAACGGAGAAAUUCGACAGUGGUGUACGUAUCGUGACACUUUCAUGUCAUUAGUACACAACAAUAGGCAAAUAUCGAUAAUUCAGAAAUUUCAUUAUUUGGUAUCGACGGUGUCAGGUCCCGCAGUAACAAUUGUUCGCUCGUUGCCACUCACCGAAAAUAAUUAUCCAAUCGUAUGGGACGCGUUAAUCGACCGUUAUAAUAACAAGAGGGAGUUACUCGACGCGCACUUGGAUGCGAUUUUUCAAUUCAAUCCAUUAACGAAAGAAUCGCUCCCCGAGCUGCAACGUUUUCUAGGCACAUUUACCGAGAAUAUUGCUGCCAUAGAUGCUCUUGAUAUAGAUAACGUAUCGGCAUAUUUGUUAUUUUAUAUUGCAUCCCGAGUGCUCGACUCGACGACAAUUCAACUGUUUGAGUUCGAACAUCACGAUACCGAAUUACCCACAUUUGAAAUGUUAUCGGAGUUUGUAAAGAUUCGGUGUCAAGUGUUAAAGAAUUCCACCUUAAGUUCAAUACAUCCUGGUAAAUCAUACGAUACGGCUAAAAAACAAUUUAAACAUAAAUCAUCAUUCACGGUUUCCACUAAUUAUACGGCGGCAUGUGUAUUAUGUAAAGACUCUCAUCCGAUUUACCAAUGUCCCAAGUUUGUACAAAAAAAUGUAAAACAGCGUUUUAAGUUUGCAAGGGAUAGACAUUUAUGUAUGAAUUGUUUAAGUAACUCACAUAAAACGUCGGAGUGUAGCUCAAUACACAAAUGUAAACAUUGUGCGUCUAAACAUCAUUCAUUGCUACACUUGGGCACGAUCAAAUCGCAUGCUUCAUCAUCUACGACUUCAUCAUCCCCGUCUACAUCUGAAAUCACGCCGCCGACUAAUAAUCCACCGCACGAUUCGCCGUUUGUUGGCACAACAAACACACUGACUAAUGUCAUACUCGGCACUGCUGUUGUUCGAAUACAAAAUAACCACGGUGAAUGGAAACAUACUAGAGUGUUGCUUGACCCCGGGUCACAAGUAUCAGUUAUAACAAAUGCUUGUGCAUCGCGUUUAGGAUUAAAACGUCGACAAUGUAAUACGAUCGUAACCGGUUUAUCUCAGACACCGGGGCCUAUUACCAAAGGUUCGACUGAUUGUAUCUUGAUUCCUCACAACUCCAUGGGCCCCCAGAUACCAUGCCAGCCCGUAAUUUUGUCUCGAAUUAGUGGGCUUAUGCCCAAUACGGCCUUGCCACCUAGGAUUCGUGCAACGUAUGUUAAUUAUGGUCUUGCCGAUCCGCAGUUUGACAUUCCGCAUCAAAUCGAUUUUUUACUAGGUGCGGACAUUUAUCCAUACAUUUUGGGACAUUGUUCACAAGUUGUACAUACACCGGGUAUGCCAUCGAUUUACGAAACAAUAUUAGGGUGGAUAGUGCUGGGACAAUCGAACACAAAGUUUGACUCAUCGCCCUUAUCAUUAGUGCUUUCAUCGCAACCAUCAAUCAAUGAUCUAAUACGUCAAUUUUGGGAAGUAGAAGAACCUACACCAUUGAAUAAAUCGUUUAACAGUGACAAAAAAUGUGAAGACCAUUUCUUGCGUACCACGUCUCGGGAUGAAAAGGGCCGUUAUUCAAUAGCCUUGCCGUUUAAAGAGCAGGCAUCCACCUUAGGUGAUUCCCGAGUCAUGGCAGUGUCGCGAUUUCUCAAUCUUGAACGAAAACUGAUAAAAGACCCAGUAGUAUACGAACAAUACCGACAAUUUAUGCAAGAAUAUGAAAGUUUGGGUCACAUGAGAGAGGCUACCUGUCCCGGAAAAUAUCAUAUUCCACAUCACGCGGUCAUUAAACAGGAAAAUAACAAAAUAAAACUUCGCGUAGUAUUUGACGCGUCGGCCAAGUCGUCAUCGGGGGUAUCGUUAAAUGACAUACUUCACGUAGGUCCAAAAUUACAAACGGAUAUAUCUGAUUUAUUACAUCGGUGCCGGUUACACAAAUUUAUGUUCACGGCUGAUAUUUGUAAAAUGUAUCGGCAAAUAACUGUAAUUCCGGAAGAUCGUCAAUAUCAACACAUUAUAUGGCGCCCUCAUAUUGAACGGCCACUACUUGAAUAUGAGUUAAACACUAUCACUUACGGUAUCUCAUCAUCACCAUUUCAAGCUAUUAGAGUUCUGCACCAGUUAGAACGUGAGGAAGGCAGUAAAUACCCGUCUGUAGCUAAUACAUUGUCAGCUCAAACAUAUGUUGAUGACAUAAUAUCGGGUGCUAAUACAGUGGAGUCAGUGAUAAAACAUCAACACGAGGUGACGCAAUUAUUAUUGGGAGCUGGUUUUGAAUUGAAGAAGUGGUCUUCCAAUUGCGACGAGUUGCUCCAUAACAUACCCCCCGAAGACCGAGCUAUGAACAUAACAUUUGAGCCGAAAGAUAGCUACUCAACCAAAAUAUUAGGCCUUCAAUGGGACCCCAGUAGUGACAUAUUUAGUUACCAUACUAGUACGUUAUCAUUGACUACUCCAUAUACAAAGCGAUCAAUAUUAUCUACCAUCGCGAAAUUGUAUGACCCAUUGGGAUUACUUGGGCCAAUUAUAUUUUGGGCUAAGUGCUUUAUGCAAUCAAUAUGGCAGGCCAACAUUCAAUGGGAUGAGCAAAUACCUGAGGUUCUCGCGGAUACGUGGAAACGAUUUUCAGUUGAAAUACCAUUAGUAUCGCAAAUUAAAUUGAGACGGUACAUUGAUUGUUCACAAACCGGUACAACACAAUUGUUAGGGUUUUCAGAUGCAUCAAAAAAAGGUUAUGCUGCUACUGUAUACCUUCGACAUAUUCAUGACAAUGACCAGAUCUCCGUAUAUUUGAUCACGGCGAAAUCAAAGGUAGCCCCCUUAAAAAUAACCAAUCAAAAAAACGAAUUUACGAUACCACGCUUGGAAUUAUGUGGUGCGUUAUUGUUAUCUCAAACUCUCAAUCGACUCAAGACGACAUUUAGCAACAGUUUUACGAUUUCUGCAGUGCAUGCAUGGACCGAUUCACGUAUCGUUCUAUCAUGGCUCACCUCAGAACAAACGGAGUUCAAAAUAUUCGUAACUAACCGGCUAGCUAAAAUCGCGGAGUUAAUACCUAUGUGUAAUUGGCAUUUUAUUUCGUCCGAGCUGAAUCCAGCAGACUGUGUUUCACGUGGCUUGUUCCCGUCAGAAGCAAUAGACCACAAACUAUAUUGGAAUGGACCGCCUUUUUUGACGUUGCCUGAAUGUGAAUGGCCGGUUACAUUUUUCGAACCAAUAUUACCGUCGCUACUUCCGGAGGUUAAGGCAAAGUGUCCGAUAAGUCUAACCACCCUAACGACUAAUUCAAGUGUUAACGACAAGGAAUGGGUCACUCGGUUUUCAUCAUUGACGCGCUUACAAAGGGUCAUGGCCUAUGUUUAUCGUUUUAUUCGUCAUACGCGCACAUCUUGCAUUAUGACCGGACCGUUAACUCUCGUUGAAUUACAAAACGCGCUAACACCCAUUAUUAAAAUCACACAACAACAAUAUUUUAGUGAACUUAUUAAGACACUCCAGAAACCUGACAACAACAUUUCACCACGAUCCUUAGCACAACUUGCUCCGUUUUUGGACGAAAAAAUGGUUAUCCGAGUGGGUGGUCGAUUGCGAAAUUCACAAUUAUCCGAAGAAAGCAGGCAUCCAAUUUUGUUACCAAAAACCAUACUCUUACCUAUUGAUAAAUCUCCAUAA